GGCGUAGAGCAGACCACACUCUUCAUGUGCCACUGCAUCUUAACCCAGGGUAUCCCCUAUGUCCUGUCCAUGCAAUUCUGUGGGCCUUCCAAUGUACAUCUCAAAGUCCCACUCAGGGCCCUGCUUUUGUAAUUACCACUAAACAGUCCUUAUUUGCACCCCUGACUUAUUCCUUUUUCACAAGUCGACUGAGAUCAUGUCUUAAUGCAAUUGGUCUACCAGGUAGCAGUUACUCUGGGCAUAGCUUCCGCCGAGGAGGGGCAAGUUUUGCACUUUCUCAAAAUGCAAGUCAUGAACUAAUUCGUAUUCAAGGGAAUUGGCGUUCUGAUUGUUAUAAAGAAUACCUGACUUUUUCAGAUAACAAAAAUAAAUCUUGCAAAAUCUCUACUCAAGAAUCUCCCCUCAAAACCUACCUCCCGUUUGGGCAUUUUGGGUAGAAACUAAAAUUUGUAAACAACUAUUAGUUACGUAAUGUUACGUAAUCUUGAUAAAGUUCUACUUGACCCAAACAGAAGAUUGUUUUU